GUUAUCGUAAAGUGUAGUCGUUACAUAGAAACUAUAAAAGCAACUUGUUUUCAUCGUCAUUUAUUCUUUAUUUCUCUCUAUUUCUCCCUCUCUCUCUCUCUCUCCCUCUCUUUUACGUAUCUGCAAAAUGAAUAUCUACGACGAAUUAGACGAGGGUUCAGAUUUGUGCGGAUCCGAUCCUAGCAAAAUCCACAUAAGGAAAUUCUACCCUAUGAAUGGUAAAAAUCGUGGCUUGGCUAUUAUAUUUUCUCACACUAUAUUCCUAGGGCCUUACGAACCACGAAUAGGAAACGAUGUAGAUUGCAAUCGAAUGGAAUCUUUAUUAAAAGAGUUAGGUUUCGAGGUAAAGAUUUAUAAGGAUCGUAGAAAGCAGCAAAUAUUCAAAAUAUUGUCUGAAGUUUCAGACAUGGAUCAUUCUGAUAAUGAUUGUCUUGCAAUCGUUGUAAUGUCACAUGGUGAUCCAGGCAUACUGCAGUCAUACGAUGAGCCAUAUAAAGUCCAUGAAUUUUGGUCUAAAUUUACAAAAACGAAUUGUCCCUCUCUCGAAGGAAAACCGAAACUAUUCUUUAUACAAGCUUGCCGAGGUGAUGAAACUGAUUCUGGUAUCCUUUUGAAGAGUCCGAAUCAAACGUAUUUUCAAUAUCAGUCAUUACCAAAAUACAAUACUAUGACUGACGUAAAGCUUCUCAGAUAUACUCAGGAAGAAUUAGAAAUAUUUCUUACACCAGGUGAACCAGAUUUCUUAAUCGGAUAUGCAACCACAGCAGGUCAUUGUUCAUUUAGAAGAAAUAAAGGAUCGUGGUAUAUCGAAGAACUUUACUCGAUAUUUCAACAAUAUGGAAGAAAGUACGACUUAUUGACUUUACUCACUUUCGUCGCCCAACAAGUUGCAGUGAAAUACGUAUCUUUCUCACCAAUGAAGCCAGAAAUUGAUGAUAAACUUCAAAUACCAUGUAUCAUACAUACGUUAGUCAAACAAUUGUACUUUUUUCCUGAAGAAGCCGAAGAUGUACCUGUGAAUUUACAAUUAGAUUGAUAUGUAGCUAUUUUCGGGAAAUAAUAAACCAGAUUUUAUAACAUA